UCUUGUGGCGAGUAAGGUGCUGAUGCAUGUGUUUGAGAGACAAAUAUCAGAAACCAUGUAAUUAAAAAGCCGCAGAAAGAGAAGCUGAAAACAAAUCAGCAACAGCAACCAUGAGUCCUGCCAUCAGCAUAGCUCUCCUCCUGCUCUCUGCAACUGUUGUUGAGUCGUAUAAGUCUGCGGACCAGAAAGAAAAGAAGAAAGAUUUUCCCUCACAUUUAGAACAUUAUGAGGGGGAAAGAGCAGAAAACGGUGAAGAAGAGAUUCUGGAAAUGGAGCUUAUCUGUACAGGCUGUGUGUUUGCUGUGUCCCAAGUAGAGAAGAUAAUAGGCAACGAAAAGUCAAAGAAAAAAAUCGAGCAGCUGCUGAACAACGCCUGCAAUGGAGUGGGCAUCACGAUCAUCAGGUGGGCCUGCAAAACCAUCAUCGGUUGGUUCAAAAAUAAAUUGAUUGAUGGCAUAGCUAAUCAUGAGUCUCCCAGAUCAAUAUGUGUGAAACUGAAACUCUGCACGGAUCCACCUGUCCAUAGAUAAUACACAAAUGUACUCAUAAAGUUUCAGCUGUUUGCUCUAAGUAAUAUCUCUGUGUGCAUUUUAUUUUUGCCUUUGCAAUAAAAAUACAUUUUCA